CCUUACUUCCUCAAAGUGUAAACAUUGGAGCUGGCAGACGAGUGUGAACUUACACAGUAGGUCAUGAAGGAAGAAACACACCUAAAGGUAACUGUUUAACACAUUCUUGUUUUUUUCUUCUUCUCGUUUUGUUUUGAAAUUAAAUUGAACAACCCAGCAGCGCGUCUGAAGCUGAAAAAUUGCCGGUCGGAAUCAGCUUUAAGGAUCUGUUUGCGUUGUGGGAAUGGGUUCCCUUCCUCGGUUUUCCAAAUGGAGAAUAAAGGGAGCGACGAGGUGGAAAAAUUGAAGACGAAGUUCUAUUCAGGGUGGAACAAUGUGAAAUACAGUUGGGUUCUCAAAUCGAAGACUUCAUUCAGUAGGAAUUCCCCGGUGCUUCUGCUUGGAAAGUGCUACCACUUUAAGGCUGACGAAGAUGACAGUCCUGAUGAAGCCAGCUGCAGAGAACCAGAGGAUGGUUUCUCCAUGGGGAACGUGGAAGCUUUCCGGAAAGACUUCACCUCGCGUGUAUGGCUGACCUACAGGGAAGAGUUCCCCCCUCUCCCGGGGAGCACCCUGACCACUGACUGUGGAUGGGGCUGUUUGUUGAGGGCCGGUCAGAUGAUGCUGGCUCAGGCUCUCGUUCUGCACUUUCUAGGCAGAGACUGGACCUGGUCAGAGGCGUUGACUCUUCAGCCUUUAGACACAGAGACGUGGACGACCACCGCCGCCAAACGUCUCAUCACCUCCCUGAAAGCUUCGCUGCAGGGCUCCCCCAAAAUCUCUAGUAGGCAAUCGUCUGAGCCCCAAAGUUCCUCCCAUGGUUCUGCAGAAGAAGCAGAAGCACAUCUAAAGGAGAUGUACCACCGCACAAUCAUCUCCUGGUUCGGGGACACCUCUUCGGCCCUCCUGGGUCUGCACAGGCUCGUCCGCUUAGGCCUGACUUUUGGAAAAAAUGCUGGGAACUGGUAUGGACCAGCUGUGGUGGCACACAUCCUCAAAAAGGCUGUGGAGGAAGCCAUGGAUUCUGGCUUGGCGGGUAUAACUGCCUAUGUCUCCCAGGACUGCACAGUGUACAGCGCCGAUGUCGCAGACUGCCACAAGCCGCCGAGAGCCAGGCAGGAGUCUGUGAGUCCUCCUGUAGCGGAAGGAGGCCCCUCUAAAGAAGACCAAGCAGGAUCUGCUCCCAUCUUGCCAGACAGUCAAGCUGUGAUCAUCCUCAUCCCUGUAAGGCUGGGAGGGGAGAAGAUAAACCCGGAGUAUUUUGAAUUUGUUAAGAACAUUCUGAGUGUGGAGUACUGCAUAGGCAUCAUUGGAGGAAAGCCCAAGCAGGCGUGCUACUUUGUGGGAUUUCAAGAUGACAGCUUGAUUUACAUGGAUCCUCAUUACUGUCAGUCUUUUGUGGAUGUCAGCACCGGCGAUUUCCCUCUCCAGUCAUUUCAUUGCCCUUCUCCGAAAAAGAUUCCUUUCAGCAGGAUGGAUCCCAGCUGCACGAUUGGCUUCUAUUCUAGAAGUAUUCAAGACUACAACAGAAUCAGGGAAGAGCUGUCCAAGCUGCUGCAACCAUCCACAAAGGAGAAAUACCCGGCUUUCACUUUCGUGCAAGGUCACGGCAGAGACUAUGAUCUGUCAGCGGGCCUGACCCCAGAGAAACUAGAAUGGCCUUUCAUCCGCAGCCCGCCGAGAACGGUCACCACCACCGGAGACUUUGUGCUGCUUUAGCUGCCAAAUGGAAAAAGACGAGGAGUCAAAACGCUGGUAUCCCAAGGCCUCAUGCACGGAAACUCUGAACUUUAUAACAACUUGAAUGCACUUUUUAACACAAUGCACAAAAGUGCCACUUACUGCCAAGACUUUAGUGAAGGACACACAAGGACACUGAAUAUAUUGGAUUAUUUCUUUUUGGACACUUUCUGGUGCUCUACUUAAUCUAGCAGUCUUGAAAUAUAAGAAUUAAAGAUAAUCCUGUGCUUUUUGUUUUUGACUGUUAUUUUCAAUAGUUUUUCAUAAAGAUUUUGGAGCAUUUCCAUAAUUAACAUAUAUAUUUCAAUAGGUUUCAAGCUUUCUGAAAGACUGAACGAAACAAAGGGAAUAUAAAGAAAUUAAAAUCUAGUUUAUUAAAUCUUAUUUUGGUGGGGGAAAGAACUCUCUCUUUGAACAUGGGAUGCUUUUGUGUUUGAUUUGUGUCGGUUUCAGUUCUAGAGGCAAGAUGUUAAAAAAAUUAUUAUAAUUUGCUAGUAUUGCCAGUAUUUUUUUUCUUUUUGAAAGUUAUCUUGUAUUUACUGCUUGGUGAAGUUCAACCACUCCCUUCCUGGAGUCGGCGUAAUUUACAGCAAAAAAAGAGGUUUACAAUCAGGGAUUCAGCAAAUCGGCUUGUCUUAAUUCAGUGUAAUUCAGCUUCCUUAAACAUUUAUUUUGGUAAAAGUUCGUAUUGUUUUAGUUAAAACAAUACGAAGUUAGUUGUUUUUUCACUGAAUAUUUAAUCCAACUUGACUAAUUCUGAUGUUUCAUUUAAAGAGAAUAUACAAAUGAUGCCAUCAUUUCUCUUAGAUAUAUUUUUUCUUUCUGUUUCAUGUUUCUAGAUACUGUAGAUUUUGACAUAUAUGGAUAUUUUUGAAGUUCUGCAUGAACGUGACCUGUUUAAACAAAAGUUAGAAAUGAAAAGUUAUGGAAUUUAAAGGGGAAUCCUUCACAUAUGAAAAAUCAUUUUUUGUUGUUCUGUAUGGAGAUUUAUUAAUGUUUGUUGUCUGUAUGCUUAGUAUUUUUGACAAUUUAAUGCAGCUUUAUUUAGACAUUUCAAAGUGUGUCUCAUCUUUCAUUUCUUUCUUUGCACAAUCCAUAACAGCAAUAAGUUUAAGUUAAGUGAAGAAGUCUGUACUUCAAACCUCAUUCAGGCACUUUUUUCCUCCUUUUGAAUUGUUCUCAUGCACUUUUGCACAGUGCAACACCUACAGGGCUUGUGCGUUUGUAUAAAUAAAAUUGCCAAAUUACCUGUAAAAUGUUUUGACACACCUUACAAGUAAAGCCAAUCAAAACCCA